CGUCACUGAGCAAGGUGCGCUCGCCAUCACGAGGAUGCUGACAAGGCGACCUCGUCCGCUUUCCCAGACUCCAAACGUCCUUUUUUGAGAAGUAAAUUCGUCUUCGUUUCUUCCUCGAGUCUUGCCGCUUCUGCGUGUUCAAUUCAAGAUGACUGCCGACGCAUUGGUUUAUCACCCCACGUAUGCGCAUCUGCUGAAGUACUUCGCGACAACGGUCGGUCGCGACAAGCUUCUCCGAACCGUCCAGUAUUUCUCUCGCUUCUAUGCCUGGUACCUCUACCGAACAAACAACCCGCAGUCGGGAAUCACGCCGUGGGAGACAGCCAAGAAGCAGAUUGGCAUCGCUCGAAAGUUCCUGCGUCUGGGCAAGUUCCUCGAGCACUUUAAGUCAGCGGCAGUGGCAGCAGACAAGAAGGACAUAGAUCCGAUUCUGAAAUUCUGCGCUGUCGGAAGACAAUUAGGCUAUGCUGGAUACCUUUCACUAGACAACCUGUGCGUGCUCGACGCGUCAGGCAUUAGGAAAUGGGACAAGGCCAAGCAGAUCUCCAGGCAAGCAGCACGCUUCUGGUUCUCUGGCCUCUUCUUCAACAUCGUCGCUGGUUUGUACACGCUGUUCCAGCUCAAGCAGCGAGCGGCAGCGCUCGACAAGACGCAGGCUGAGAAGGCCGUUGAGAGCAAGAAGAUUGAAAAGGAGUGGAACGCAACUACGCUACAGCUUACCUCCGAUCUGGCGGAUAUCUGCGUGCCGGCAACGACUCUUGGCUGGACGAACUUUGAUGACGGAUUCGUCGGCCUCGCUGGUACCCUCAGCUCGCUGCUCGGCGUGUACUCGGCUUGGAAGAAGACGGCAUAAGCCACGCGAUGCACGCGUGGGGUCUACCGUGGGAAGCAACUGGCAUGUCGGUAGUCAAAUGAGCGUAAAACUAGGGUCCUUGAGGUGAGCGGAAAGAAAUCAGAGGUUAGCCGCAUAGCCCACGAGGCGGAGACCAUGUUUGCGAGGCUUUGAAAAUGUAUACCAUUCCAACGAUCCAGAGUUUUCGCCGACGCAGUCAGCAGCUGUUAGAAAGCAUAUCACAGUUCGUUAAUUUGAUAUGAUUCUCCUUCUUUCAUAAGCCGUAUGAACAAGAAAGCGCGCGAAGAGCUUCGCUGAACGCUUCUCCGACAACGUUGCGAAACGAUUCGAACGGAAACCGGUAGCACGUAUGAAUAUACAAAAAUGUCUGAGCACAAGAGUCUCAAUCGGGCUCUUUUC